CUAAAAAAAAUGGCAGACCGGCACAGAAAACAAUACUUUUUUCUUUUGUUCUGCCCUAAGAAAUUAAUUAUGGCAGUAGAAUGAUUGUAUUAUCUAUUAUCCAUAAAGCUUUUAACGGUGAAAACCCCAAAAGUGUUACAGAACAGCAAAAUCAAGAGAAACGUUAUCCUCAAUUCAGGAAACUGGUAGGAUACAUAUGAAAUAACUCUGCCAAUAACAUUUGUUCCGGUAGAAAGUUCAGCUGCAUCAUCAACACCGUCAUACCACUUUAUCAAACCAAUGCGAACGGCUAGUUAAAAGGACGAUGCAUUUUCAAAAAGCUAUCACUAACGUCUAGUUCUAACGUAAAUCGUGUACAGUGGGACAACCAGUCAAGCAAAUCGUUAUUUCAGAACAUUAAUUUAGAAAAAGAAAAAGAACCCUGUUUACAUUUCCAUCCCAUUAAUCAUGGAAUAUCCAAGCAACAACCCACCACCUUACUCUUCAGGAGUCCCUCAACAACAAUACCAACCGGUACAAGUUUACAUGACGAAUCCUCCGCCUCCUCCCGGACCCACCGUCGUAGCAGUCGAAGUUGUGCCUUUGGGUGGAAGGUGUGGAAGAUGUCAGCUGGGAAUCGUACGUGAACAUUUCACCUUGUGUGGGUGGUUAUGGGCCAUUUUCUUUUUUCCAAUUGGAUUAAUUUGCCUCUUUACAAUGAGACUCAACAGCUGCAGCAGAUGUGGUGCAAUUUAUGAUUGAUUAGAGCAGAUUAUCUAUUGAACAAGUACAAAACUCUUUAAUUCCUGCAUUUGUUUCAUCUCUCCAAGCUGCUGUUAAUUCGUGAAGAAAACCGUAAAAAGAUAUGAAAAUUAUGUCGACGCCAUCCUUAUAAAUAAGAUCCUUUAUGAAUCGAAGAAAUUGUUUUGAUGCCAUUGCUGUAGCACUCGUUAUCGAGAAAAUAAAAUGCAUUGUUACUGCCCUAAAA